AUGAAGCCAAUCCUAAAGCGAAUGCUCGGUGUCAUCUCUAAGGGCAAACUCACCAGUGUGGGCGCUCUACUCAAGCGACACGGGGAGAAUGAUGAAGACGACCAAAAACACAACUUCUUGGAUGACAAAGUCUUUGAAUGGAGGCCUAUCCUCUUUACACAUCCCGGCUACUCCAGAUUUGAGCAUCUACCCAGCUAUACUGAUAGGGCUAUCAAAUGGAAGGCCGACCUUCAUGUUGAACAUUUAGUCCUCGGGCUCGAGUUUGAGCAACAAGCAACUCGAUGGCUGCUGACAAAACAAUAUAUGAUGGACCAAGAUCCAUCCAACGGCGACCCGAAUCAGCUGCCACCUCCUCGUCUCUCAAGAGCAACAAGGCCACGGUAG